AUGUCCUAUCCGUCAACAGUUCAAGCCAUCACGAUCUCAAAGACGGGGGGACCCGAGGUCAUUGAGAAACGCGAGAUCCCUUUUCAAGGAGCCCCGGAUCAUUUGGUCGUAAAGGUUCAAUAUCUCGGUGUCAAUUUCAUCGACACAUAUUACAGGCAAGUAGAAGGAAUAUACAAAGCUUCUGGGUUUCCAUUCGUGAUUGGGGAGGAAGCCAGCGGCGUAGUCGUCGCACUUCCUACAGACGAGCCCGUCUUGAACGACCCGGAUUACAAGAAGCGUGGGUACAAGGAAGGUUCCCGCGUCGCACUCAAUUGCCUAGGUUCGCAUGCGGAAUAUGUUUCUGCACCUUGGAAAACGGUAUAUAUGAUCCCGGAGCCGGUGUCGACGUUGACGGCCGUCUCGGCCCUUGCGCAAGGGUUGACGGCUGUUUCCUUUAUGGAAGAAGCAUACAACGUGCAAAAGGGUGAUAUCAUCUUCAUUCACACCGUGGCAGGUGGUCUUGGACUGUUGAUGACCCAGCUGGCUAAGUCGCGAGGAGCGACUGUGAUAGGCACGACCUCGACACCGGAGAAGGCCGCCCUUGCGAAAGCUAACGGGACGGACCAUGUAAUCUUGUAUAAGAGCGAGGACACGGUUGCACGUGUCCUGGAACUCACAGAUGGGGAGGGUGUUCAUGCAAUCUUUGAUGGCGUGGGUAGAGACACGUUCGAGUCCGACCUCAGAAUGAUCAGGCGGAAAGGCACCCUUGUCACACUGGGUAAUGCUUCGGGACCCGUUCUACCAUUCCCUCCCAUCAAACUCGCGCAAAAGAACGUGAAGCUUCUCCGGCCUACCAUUGAAAACUAUACAUACACCCCAGAAGAGGCACUUUACUACGGAAAUGCACUGUUCUCCCUUCUUGCCAACGGCACCUUAAAGACGCGGAUCUUCAAGGAAUAUCCAUUCACUGCAGAUGGGGUAAGACAGGCGCAAAUCGACCUGACAAGCGGAAAAACUACAGGCAAACUUGUAGUCAAAGUCAGCGAUUGA